CGGCGCGGGGAGCAAAGGUUGGUGUCUUCACACUCUCACUCCGACCAUCGCCGGAGGGGCCGCGGCAUCAUGACGGUGGGAGCCAGGCUCCGAAGCAAGGCGGCGAGCAGCCUCCCGCGCCGCGGUCUCCGGGGGCGAGGGAGGGCGGAGGGGGACGAGGAGACGACCGCCAUCCUGGAGCACCUGGAGCUGGGGGACGCGGUGACCGACAGCGCAGCGAGCGCGGAGCGCCCGGGGCCCCGGAGCGCGCGGCGGGUGCACCUGGCUGUCCUGCCCGAGCGCUACGAGCCGCUGGAGCAGCCGGCGCAGGACGAAAAGCCCAAGAGGAGGUACCGGCAGAAACUGAAGAAGUACGGCAAGAACGUUGGGAAAGUCAUCACCAAAGGAUGCCGCUACAUGGUCCUGGGCCUGCAGGGUUUCGCCGCGGCUUACUCCGCCCCUUUCGGAGUGGCCACCAGCGUGGUGUCAUUUGUCCGCUAGUGGGAGCUGCUGAGGCGGAUCCCUCCAGAAGAAUGGAAGCCUCCACUGCUGGAGCCAUGCAAAUCCAGAAGCAUCUUAGACUUGAACCCACAAAAUACUUGGAAGAAAAAAAAAAAAAAGGCCUUUCUUUGUUGAACUGGAUGAGCGUCGUGAAUGGGACACCCCUGCCCACCUGCUGAGCUCCUCCCAUCUCUUGGAUGCGCUGGCUCCUAUGGACAAUCCCACAGAGAAUUAGCUGGUAUUAGGUUUGGGGUUUGAGUUCCUUUGCUAGGUGACAGGGGACUGGCGUGGAAGCAAACCCUUGACAGAUGUAAGCACUCUGGGUUGCAAGUAGAGUGGGGAUUAAGGGGGCGGCGGUGGUAAGGUGGAAAAAUACUGGAGUGAGAUAAUUUGCUACAUUCUUCUGGAAAGGUCAUAGGCCACGACCUUUCCACGACCUAUGACCUUCAGGCACUCACAGCCCUUGGCGACUUAGGUUCUAAAGGCACCAAAGGAGUGGCCUGCUUUCUGAAAUCAUGUCCCCCGUCUCCUUCUUUCCUCCACCCCUUUGUCACCAGCAGUUUAAUUACAGGCUUGAGAAGAAGGAAGGAAGAAAAGUCUCUUUGAAGGCUGUGACACUUUGAAACUGUGUUCACAGUGUGUCGUGACUGUUUAAAGUAGAUGAAAGCUUGUCACCGUCACCCUUCUGUGACAUGAAUGUGAAAAGGAAUGGCAAAUUCAGGCGCAGCCUGGGUGGGUGGGGAAGGUCGAGUAAGGGAGUGCUCCUGACGGUUCGUGGGCUCAGUCCGACCCAGCCACAUGUUAGCGGCUGGCCAGACUCACCCACAUACGUGACUGACUGGUGUCCUGGGCCUCCUGACUCAGGUGCCAGCAACACCUGCUCAACAUCUCUACGCCAUGCCGACGAAGGCUUGGGAGAGAGGGAGACACUGUAUCUGGAAAUGAUGGUGUAUGAUUUAGAGAAGGAACCAGUACGUAGGAAACAGGUGCAAAGGAAUUGGAAACAAGACAAAAGGACAUUGGACGAGACAGGUGGAAGCGCAGGAUCUAGUUCUGGGUUCUCAGCAUUGGGAAAUCUGAGGUGGCCAGGCCGCCAGCUCUAGGAGGGACUUGGGGAAGCUGGGUGGCCAGAGGUGCCAUGGCUGGUGCUUGAAAACCCGAGGCCCAUGACCUCACACGGGCUGACUUUGUGGCAUCCUCUCCACUUUUGUGCUGCCCGUUUUGACCUCAUCUCACUUGAAUCCAAAGGUUAGGGUGGGCGUGGUCCUGACUCUCCCCCAGGAUGACCCAUGGACUUUCCACUGGAUCAUUGGACAGGGAGGUGAAAGAACGAGGGGUCUCCCUUGCCAUGCCCCCAUGAUUGGCCACUAUUCUGACUCUGUUUCCAGAAUAUCCAGAAGUCCAAAACAGUUACCGCUGAUCAGCGUCAGUGGCAACACCGACCUGUUGCCCUUAGAAGUUUUCUCAGGCCAUGGAGAGGAGGCCUUGUGGUCAUGCUUCACCGAUCAAGCCCAACCAGAUGGCCCUGGGAUGUGCAGAAGUGAGAAGACAGAUGAACAGACAGAAAAAGGAAUGGGCUGAGGAAGAAGCUGCAGCCACGAAGCGAGACUCGGCUUCCCAUUCUGCAGGCUCACGUGGAGACGAACUCGGAUCCAAUUCCUGCAUCAUUAAUAUUUGUGAGGAAAAGAGAAAACACAUGUCCUCGUUUUCGCUCAAAUGAUGAAUGCGGAUAAUGGCACAUUUUCACACAUGUAAGAUAAUUAUAGCUCGCCUGUCCACCCUGGGAUUCGGAAAGAGAAGAGAUGUGAGUUGGAGAAAAAGCCAAGCACAGUUUCGUGGGAAAGUCAGGUCUGCUCUGCCUACCGGUCAUAGAAAGGAAGCCGAAAGGAGGGAGCCCGCGGUGGGCUUGGAGGACACCCCUCCCCCGGGGGCCAGGGAAUGCUGACCAGCCCCAGAGAUGCCCACUGAGUCUCUGGGGAAAUGGAAAUGUGAGCCCAGGAAGGGACAAGAGUGACUGAGGCCUGUGAGAGGAAAACCUUCCCUCCCUGCCCCCCAAAUUGGAGAUACCCUCAGGUCAAGGACAUUUGGCCCUGCAUGUACUUGAAGUACAUCUGAAGUCUAGUGAAGAAUUAACCCAGGAAUUUGAAAAGUCGAAACCUCACAGGGAUUGUCCUGGAAGCCAGAUUCAUGGGACAGAAUGUCGCUCAGCCUGAGUAGUCACUGACUCCACAACGGGGCACCUGUAUUGCAGAUAAUGUUCUUGCCUCUUGUUUCUCUUCAUUUUUUUUUUUUUUUUUUUAAUAUCAGGGUCCACACCCUAUUGAGAAUUAAAUUUUGGAGGUUUUUCUUUACACGCUUGACGUUGAGGCUUCUUUUGUAUCCUUUUCUUGCCCUCUUGUGUAAAUAAAAC